AUGAGCUUCAACCAAGAGCGUGUCUCGGAAGAUAAGCUUGUCAACAAGAGACACAACGCGUGGAAGUUGACAUUGCCUCUUAUCUGCGCAGUGGUUUUAACGUGCAUCACUUCCAUUGCAUUGUUUGUCAACAACCCACAAGUGUCAUAUGGAGUCUCCAAAUGGGCAUUCGAAAAGAGUAACAUCGUGAAACGGUCUAUCAACUUUAUCUACAGAGGAAAACAACCUUUGGGAAUCCAUUCCCAUAAUGACUACUUAAGAAGUGACCCGUUGUUCGAUAGUUUAAUUGUCGGUGCUAAAUCUGUUGAGGCUGAUGUUUGGUCAUUUGAUAAUGGUGACGUCCUUCCAGUGGGUCAUACUUUUGUUGAGCUAAACCCAUUUGAAAACACCCUGGAGAAGUUAUAUACAAAACCAUUGUUAGAGUUGCUAGAUGCUGUGAACAGGGCCCGUGUUGAAGGCGAGCCUCCGGUUGGGAUUUUCCCAGACUUCCCUAGCGAGACAUUCUACCUUCAUAUUGAUGUCAAGAAUGACCCAGACCAGGUAUUCGAUAAGAUUCAAAAGCAUUUGUAUCCUUUACAACAGAAAGGCUACCUCACCACUUUUGAAACUGUCUCUCAAAAAUGGAAUCAUGGUCCCAUCACAGUCGUCUUAACUGGCGAUUAUCCUUUGAAGAAGAUUCUUGACCAAAAAGUUCGAAAUGUUUUUGCAGAUGCGCCUUUAAACGAUUUAGUUGGUUUCAAAGCAACGAUUACGUCUUUAGGUUACAAUGGCCCACUGAGCAUUUAUUCAGUUGCUGCAUCUGCUUCGUUUUUUGAUAUCACUGGCUCUCUCGGUUUGCCAGCUGGUGGGCUCUCUGAUCGAGGUAGAAGGGAUGUUCAAAGGGUCAUAGACAAGGCUCACUCUUUUGGCCUCAAAACCAGAAUCUGGGAAACUCCAAAUUAUCCGACGGAAGUGAGAGACCUUGUCUGGAGAGACUUAAUUUCCAUGGGGACAGAUCUGCUCAAUGUUGAUGAUUUGACUGCUGCUUCGAAGAUGUUCAACUUGCAAGAGCCUUAA